ACAGUCUCGAGCUUCCCCUCACAACAGUACUGACGGCAGCAAUGGCCGCUUUCCGCAGAGCGGCAGCGCUGGCCGGCAAGCUAAGCCUUUGGUCUGCGGGGAGAAGCGAGCUUCUCGGGGCUGCGACCAUGAAUGGACGAAGGUCUCUGAGGUGUCUGACAGCCGGGCUGUGUGCCGCAGCGGGAGGUGUCCUGGCUCUGUACUUUUAUAACGAAAUGUGGAGCGGCAGAAAGAGGCACAGCAUCAAAGGCUUACCGCUGCCGUCCAUCCCGACCAUUGAAGCCAAAGAAAAGACCCGUCCAUUUGACUUUGAGGAUGGAGAUGUUUACAUGUCGUCCCACGAGCAUCGCUUCCGGAUGUUCAGCUCUGUGGAAUACGAAGGACAACUUUACAUGACUCCACAGAACUUUAUCGAAUCUGUGACCAUGAGUGAACCUAGAAACAAGAGGCCAUGGAGGUCCCUGACCAAACAGGAGAUGGAGAAAAUUUUGUCAGAUACUCCUCCUGUAUGGAGAGGAUCCUCCAAACUGUUCCGUAAUCUGAGAGAAAGAGGAAUCAUCUCCUACACAGAGUACCUGUUCCUGCUCUGCAUACUGACAAAACCACAUGCUGGCUUUAAGAUUGCUUUCAAUAUGUUUGAUGCAGACGGCAACCAGAUGGUGGACAAGAGGGAGUUCCUGGUGCUCCAGGAAAUCUUCCGUAAGAAAAAUGAGAAGAAAGGAAGGAGAGGCGAUGCUGAAAAGUCAGCUCAGUUGACUAUGCAGCUGUAUGGAUAUCAGGUUGCCCCCAUGAGCAGCGUGCUAAAAAAAGACAGUCAAGAGUUUGUGGCGCGGAGUUACUGGGACGUUUUGAGGCGAGGCGCCAGUCAAGUCCUCUUUUCUGACCUGGCAGAGGAUUUUACUCUUGAGCGCUCGGAUGAGAGCAUCACAAUUGAUACAACAAUACUGGUCCAUUUCUUUGGAAAGAAGGGAAAAGCAGAACUCACCUUUGAUGAUUUCUAUAGGUUUAUGGAUAACCUCCAGACUGAGGUUUUGGAAAUAGAGUUUCUGACCUAUUCUAAAGGGAUGACUACAAUCAGUGAGGAAGACUUUGCUAAAAUCCUGCUGCGCUUCACCAACGUGGAGAACAUCAGUGCAUAUAUGGAGAACGUCCGCCACUGCAUUCCUGAUGAGAAGAAGCAGGAGGGAAUCACAUUCGACGAGUUCAGAUCAUUCUUCCAGUUUCUGAACAACCUUGAAGAUUUCGCCAUUGCCAUGCAGAUGUACAACUUUGCUUCACGGUCCAUCGGACAAGAUGAGUUUGCAAGAGCCGUGUAUGUGGCCACAGGGCUCAAGCUGACCCGUCACCUGGUGAACACCAUCUUUAAGAUCUUUGACGUUGAUCAUGAUGACCAGCUGUCCUACAAGGAGUUCAUCGGCAUCAUGAAGGACAGGCUGCACAGGGGAGCCAGGGGAUAUAAGUCGGUGGAGCGAGCCUCUUCUUUUAAAUCAUGUCUGAAGAAGGAGCUGGCAAGCAGCAGGUGAAUGGCAAACACUGCUCCUCGUUCUCCAGCUGUGUUUGGACUGAGGCCCAGAGACAGCUGUACCAGCUAUGGAAGAGAUAUGAGGAGCAGCCUUAGAGGACUUCAUAAAUGUAACCGAGCCCAGACUUUAAUCAGCUUCCUGAUUAAGCAGCUGGGCUACAGAGCUUAAGUGCUGCUUCAAACUAGAUAUUGAUCGAAAGCAUGACUGCAUUGACUGAAGGAUUUGCCAGGAAGAAGUGUCAAAAUCAUCUUCGUCUUUCGUUCCUUUGUUUUUUUCUUAUGCCAAUCUUCUCACCUGAGUAUAUAUUGACAAUAAAGAUGUUAUGCAUUCAAAUUUUGUGUUUGGAUUAUUUUAUUUUAUUUUUAAUUAGAAGUUUACAUAUUUUUGAUUUACACAUCUCAGUGAUUUUGCAAUUUGCUUUUAUUGGAAAGUUCCCCAUCCAUUUGGUUGAUUUCUAUUCAACUGCCUAUUAAUGGAAAGAGC